GCACGCGGUCGCUCCCAUCGCGCAUAUGCGUUCACUCACGAGUUAGCCGUGAUCCUGCUGCCCUUUUACACAACCUCCCCCGCCCCACUAUCCUAAACAACAUUGUUAGGAGGAGAUCCACAUUUCGCUCUCGUGCUAGUCUCGGUGGAGAGCUGGACAUUCGAAGCUAAAGUGGUCGCACCAUGAACGGAUCACGCCAUAGUGUGCUUGUGACGGUCGAACGGUUCUCUCGUGUAGUGUAGCCGGUACCGGUGCGUCUCCAUCAUCCACCCCUUCAAUUGAUCCAAUUUCGCUGGCCUAAUCAAAAGGAAUUGUUGCGUGCCGGUCGGUCGGUAGCGUGGAAUUCGUUUUAGUCAGUACAAACUCUCGGUCCACGGAACACCAAGUACACAAGUUUGGUUUCGUCUCAUCGUCUCAGGCUCAUUUGCAUUCGCACAGCAAAUAAGAAGAAACACUUGUCACGCUUCCAACGCACGUCGUCGUCGUCGUCGCUGCCUUUAACCAGAUGGCAACGGUGCAGUUUACGCGCAGCUUGUUGCAACACUGCAACAAUGUUCGAGGCCCAGUUGUGUUCUACAGCACGGCUAGUACGGCCGGCAACCAGAAGUUACGUCAGAUCAUCCAGGAACAGCUCGAUGGUAUCCGGGAGGCCGGUACGUACAAGAGUGAACGCAUCAUUACCACUCCCCAGGCCACGGCGAUCGGUGUAGAGGGCAGCUCUGGGAAGAUUCUUAAUUUCUGCGCCAACAACUACCUCGGACUUUCGGCAAACAGUGACGUGAUCAACUAUGGCAAGAAAGCACUGGAUGAGUAUGGGGCCGGUCUCAGCUCGGUGCGGUUCAUCUGCGGUACGCAGGACAUCCACAAGCAGCUGGAGAACAAGCUGACGGCAUUCCACGAGCGUGAGGAUACGAUCCUGUACGCGUCGUGCUUCGACGCUAACGCGGGUAUAUUCGAGGCCGUUCUCACACCGGAAGAUGCCGUCUUCUCGGAUGAACUUAAUCAUGCCUCCAUCAUCGACGGUAUUCGAUUGUGCAAGGCCAAGAAGGCUCGCUAUCUGCAUCGUAAUAUGGCGGAUCUGGAGGAGAAGCUACGGACGACCGAUGCCCGCGUUAAGAUGAUCGUAACCGAUGGUGUGUUCUCGAUGGACGGGAAUGUGGCGCCACUGCCCGAGAUCUUCGAAUUGGCCGAUCGUUACGGUGCGGUCACGUUUGUGGAUGAUUGUCAUGCGACCGGAUUCUUCGGACCGACCGGACGUGGUACGGAGGAGUUCUACGGUAUGCUUGGUCGGUGCGAUAUCAUUAACUCGACGCUGGGCAAGGCACUCGGUGGUGCGGCCGGUGGAUAUACGACGGGACCCCGGGAACUGAUUGAUCUUUUGCGGCAACGAUCGAGGCCUUAUCUCUUCUCCAACUCACUGCCACCGCCGGUCGUUGCGAGUGCGUACAAGGUGCUCGAUAUGCUGAUGGCCUCCAGUGCGCUGACGGCCAAAGUACAGAGCAAUACGCGCCGAUUCCGGGAAGCGAUGACGAAGGCCGGUUUCACGAUCUCCGGUAUGGACCAUCCGAUUAGUCCGGUCAUGCUGGGUGAUGCCCGUCUCGCGUCCACCUUUGCCGAUGAGAUGCUGAAGCGGGGCAUCUACGUGAUCGGAUUCAGCUAUCCCGUCGUACCGAAGGGUAAGGCUCGCAUCCGAGUGCAACUAUCGGCCGCCCAUUCGGAGGAAGAAAUCGAUCGUGCCGUUGCUGCCUUCAUCGAAGUAGGCAAACAGCUCGGAGUCGUUGCGUGAGCUACCACCACCAGGAGCCUACCACGAUGGGCAGGAAGCGAAGAGAAAAUAUAAAAGGCAAUUUUUCACUGAUUGCUAGAUUGAACCGCAAACCAAAUCAA